UUACAUGUCUAGAAAUGGUUUGCCUCAAAUUCCAUAUAGGCUCACAAACUGGAAAAUUAGCUUGAUAUUUUGAGAACUUCCCAAGUUAACUCAUAGCAGCUACGCCUUUUGUGUGUCUUGGGUGAAAUCAAAAAUGUUUUUUUUUAUUUCUUUGACUUGGUAUUAGAUAAAUGAACAUUGUAUAUUGGUUACUAUAUUGAAUUUGUAAAUAGAUAACUAGCGCCAUCUUUGUGAAAUGCUUCAAACUUCGUGGCGGUGAUGCGUUGUACGAUGAUAUAACUUGAUAUAUGCCAAGAUGAAUAUGAUAGAAGUUGAUCCGAAGUUGUUUGUCAAAUGUCGAUUAUGUUUGGAUGAAACGGGACAGUAUCAGAUAGUCCCAAAUGUCCAAAUGCAAAUCAAAUAUUGCUUUGAUAUAGAUGUUGAACCAUUUGAUGGCCUACCACAACUCGUUUGUAAGAAAUGUGAAUCUAUUUUGAGCCAACAUGCUGGAAUAAAACAAAUGUUUCAGGAGAAACAAAAGAAUCUCAAAUCAAAAUUGAAUGCAAAUGCAAACAUUGAUAAUAUAAUUCAACAACAGCAGGAUACUGUAAGCUCCACACAGGCAGAUACUGAAAAUAAAAAUAAACUAGAAGAAAUCAAAUUCAAUAAAAAAAUCGUCAUCAUCAAAAAAUCAUCAGCUUCCACUAGACGUAUUUCUACAGAAUCUGAAACUUCUAAUCAUAGUCAGAAGAAAAAGAAUAAGAAUACAAAAAAGGCCUGGCAGAGUGCAUACACUAAAUAUUUUAUAUGUAGAUUUUGUAGUAAAUCCUUUAAAGAUUUAAAGGGUAUUAACAGUCACAUCAAAAAACAGUGCAAAUUGUAUAAAAAGUAUUCAAAUAUAAAUAAAUCCUACUGCUUAGUACAUUUAAAUAAAAUAAAGUCCCACACAUCGCCACAAUCUAACAUUACUGGUUCCACAGAAAAUGUUGUUUGUAGUAAAAAUAAAAUUAUUCAAUCCAGUAGACCAAAUUUUUAUGUUCUUUAUACUGACAAAUCACAAAUAAAUGUGAGAUAUGAGUCAUCUGAAUCCUCUGACGAAGAUUUCUUUACUGAUAAAAAGAAACGUAAACGACGGCGUCAGAUUUCUAGUAGCUCAAAUGAAACUGUUGUGGUUGAUCAAAAUAUUGCUAAAAAAUCUGAUCAUGUAAAACAAGCUAAAGUUAAAAAACCCAAAAAAGAUGAAAAUAAGGACAUGAUUUCAGAUAUAGAAUGUGUAAAUAUAGAAGAUUCUGACAGCAAUUCUACAAAAAGUAGUGUAAAAACCAAAGACGAUUUACUUCCUGAAAAAACAAAUACAAUCAAUGAUACCAUGGUAAAUCGUAUCAUUGGUACGUGUUUCAGCAAGUAUAUGAAUAGAUUAAAUGCAUCUGAAGGAGAUAACACUUCAAAAGACAAGGUAGAUUCUUCUCUUAAACAUAAAGUUUUGAGCAUAGGAAGAAAAGUAAUUAACAAAAAUGGUCUCAACACUACUGGACUCUUGAGAUAUAUGGAACAUAAAAAUCUCGAAGUAGUUUGGGUUUCGACAAUUGACACUAAAGUUCUAAUAAAGACCAGAAUAAAAGAAAGUGGAGAUAAUGAUAAUACACAUUUUGGUUGGGAAAACAUAUCGCUGCCAACACACAAUCAUAUAACUAAAGAUUUCUCUAAUGACUUUGAAAGAAUUUCAGCACUUGAGUCAAGUGUAAAUGAAUGUGAAGAAGAACAAUUAAAUCAAGCUAAUCUACAGUGCGAAAAAAUUACUGAAAAGGAGCAAGUAGGAAGUAAUGCAAUACAUUUAGAAAAUUCAAAGGAAGCUGAUACACAAAAUAUUGGUAACAAUUCUAAUAACGACCCAGUUCCAAAUAAAGUUUCAUCUGAAGUUGGCAAAGUCGAGAAAAAAGUAGGUGAUAAUCCUUAUUUACGUGCAGUUUUGGAUGCUGAGAAAAGUUUUUACACAAAGUUACUAAAUGCAAAUCCUGUUGCAAACCCUAAGCAAUUACCCAAAAAGAAUACUUUUAAUGAACCAGCAUCUAUUGUUAAAUUAUAUUCAAAUGAAAUGCAGAAAGAGUCUGAAGUUCCCGAAGAGUCUAAUGUCGAAAAGAGCAAUGAUAUGCUUCAUAUGCCCAUUAUAACAUCCACAGUGUCACUAGCACCUAUUGACAAUCAACACGAAAUAAACGAACAAGCUAAUAUUGAGUCUAGUAAUCAAAGUGCUAAUGAAUUAAAUAACUAUAUUAGUACAAUAGCACCACAACCACAAUCAUCUAUGCCCAAAAUAAAAGUUAAACCUGUGUCUGAGCUAAUGUCAGAAAGGGCACUCAGUCAACAGAAUAACACAUUUGUGUCAACUGCAGGUUGGAUAAGUGAUGCAAGCCAAAAUGAUGUGUUGCAAUCAAAUUCUAGUAACAUGCUUUUUAUAGCGAGCCAACCUUUUACAAAUGUUAUUCCUGUACAGCAAGAUCUUCUUUACUAUCCUCAAAAUCAAGUUAAUAAUCUUGGAUUAUAUAAUUCUGCACUAAUAAAUAAGUCUGCAUCAAAGUCACAAUGCCAAGAAUAUGUUAAAUUGCAUACUGUUGAAUUGCCUAACACGAAAACGAAUUCCCCAUUUCGAUAUUUACAAAAGUUAUUGCAAAUUCACAAAAUACAUUUGAUGGAUAGUGAAGAUGUGUUAUCACCUGCAAUGAAAUGUCUUAUGAAGUUCAAAGUGGUGUUUGAACAAGAAAGUAACUCACCUGUAAAAUUGUCUUUGCAUUUAUUUUGUGGAAGUAAUGUAUUUUGUAUAAAAGUCAAGGACGAUGAUAUGAAACAAUUAGAUUUAACCCAGUUUUCAGCUAAUUGGCAAUGGGAAAUACUUAAGGUGUUUAGAGGUGACGAUAUUGUGCCUAAAUUGAAAGCAAAUGCCUUGAAGCUUGGUAAGGAAAUUCACGCUUAUGUCAAUUAUUUUACAAGUUUGCUGAGGUCAAUCGUGUAUUCGAAAGAAUCAUAAACAGUAAUGUUACUAUAGCUUGGCAAAUUCAUUCGUAACACUUCCGAUGGUGCGCGGGGACGGGGCGGGUAGCGAUGAUAGAUAAAAAUUGACGAACACAUAACUUAUUACGUUACGAAUAAGUCUUCAGAUGUCUCUGAAUAUCCUGUUUAUGUUAUAAAGGACUUCGUUUAAGUAUUAAUAUAUAUAUUAUUAUUACUUUUAAGAUAACUUUAGUCGAUUAUUAAAUUAACAUACAAUAGUUAAUUAAUCAUUAUAUAUGCAAAUUCGCGCAAUAGCACAAAUAUCAUUUCUUCAAAGUGGUAUGUCAAAAUAUUUUUUGAAUUAUAUGGUAUAGUUUUAAAAAAGGAGUACAAAAAGUAUCAACUGCCAAUAAUUUUCCCAACGAUAAAUAAGAGGGUUUUCAUUUUAAGUUUGUAAUCAAGUGGGAUGAUGAUUGAAUAAUGACAAAGACAAUUUUCUUGCUCAGUAAAGUUGUUAACGAAAGGUCCCAGACGGUUCUUUGGGCUUUUAGACUCAAUUUUCUUAGAUCUUGACAACUUAGGAUUUAAUUUUCAUAUUUUCACUUUUCUUCCAAUAUCUAUCAGCUUUCAUUAUCGCCGGCGUAAAUUAAUAAAUGAUGUAAAUUCUUAAAAAUAUCAUUUAAUAUAAUUAAGGUUUACCAAUACCUGAAUGAAUCUUUUCACACUUCUUUUCACUCUUCAGUUUCGCUAUACUUCGUAUAGGAAUAGCUAAGGACUCCCGCACACGGGCCACCGGCCACAAAGACAAAACGCCACUACCGGCAUAUUUCGUGUGGUUUCAUACAUUUUGUAUGGACUCGCCGCACACGGUUGACGCCAGUGGCCGCCGCACGCUACAAUCGUCGCUGCUCUUGUGGCCCGCACCGGCCACUAAACGUCAACACAAAACGCCGCCACACGCCACUCGCGCGAUUCCGCACCUCUAUUAAAAUUGGAUGUAUCCAAUAACUGCGGAUUCGUCUUCUACGACGACGUUUUCUUAUCAAAAGCAGCGCAAUUAAACCUUUGUUCGAGUCCAUUAUGAUAUAGUUACGUGGUUUAAAAAAAGUAGCAGCCACGGACCAUCGGCCACAAGUGGCUGUCGCGUGUGGCCCGUGUGCGGCGACACUAACUUACUAACUUACAAAACCUCAACAGACUUGCUGGCAGGUCAGACUUGGUUUGCCAUAAUGAACAUUACGCGAUUUGUUGAUUGAUAAACACUACUUACAAAAAAAUUUAAAACAAAACAAACAAAAACCCAAGUUGCAUUUAAAAAGUGAAAAAUAAUAUUAAAAAACUCAAUCUUAAAGUAUAUAUGUAUGUAUUAAUAAUUCUAAAAAAAAUACGUCGAGUUGGGGGACCGCUCCAAAUUAUUCAAUAACAGUGGACGCCCGCGACUUCGUUCGCGUGAUAUAAAGUAGGCGGAGCGUCAGCAAUAUUUUGAAGUCAUUUUAUAAAUGUUUUCUAUCCAUAGUUUAGUGUUUAAAUUCAUCUAUGUGUAGGUAAAAGGCUAUUUUGUAAUUAAAUUGUUAGGAUCGGUUCCCCAACGCGUAGUUUUUUUUUAGACUUAUUAAUAGAUGGUCAUAACCCUGUAGUGCGUAGGCGAAGGCGCGUUUAUGUGGUUUGCCUACACCUAUAGUACGUAACUGCACUACUUUAUAUACAUAUUGACGGCCCCCGUGGCGCAGUGAUAUGUGCAGAGGAUAUACAAGACUGAGGUCCUGGGUUCGAUCCCCGGCAGGGCCGAUUUAGAUUUUCUUAAUUGGUUCUGGUCUGACUGGUGGGAGUCUUCAGCCGUAGCUAGUUACCACCCUAUCGGCUAAGACGGACCGUUAAGCGAUUAAGCGUUCCGGUACGAUGUCGUGUAGAAACCCAAAGCGGUGUCGAUUUUUAUCCUUCUUCUAACAAGAUAGGCCGCUUCCAUCUAGAUUGCAACAUCACUUACCAUCAAGUGAGAUUGUAGUCAAGGGCUAACUUGUAAAGAAUAAAAAAUAAAUAUACACUAAUAGUUUAAUGUCACAUACUCACAAUUGAAACAUUUGAUGCCAUUGGCUUGUUUUAUUAAAAGAUGAUUUCGUUUCUGUGUUAUUUAUAUUGUGUUCGGCAGAUUUUAUUACUAUUAUUAUAUGUUUAACUAUGUACUAAUAUAUCUAUCUAUUACAGUUGUGUUUGUCUGUGUUUGUAAAAAUAUAUUUAUAGACUUAAAAUAGUAGUUAUGGUAUAAUGCCAUUUAUACGAUAUUAUUUAAGUCGAACAUUAAAAUAUAGUUUUCAUUGCGAAUUGUUAUUUUGCGAACAUUGUCUUAUUUGUAUGAAGUGAAACUAUGUAAAAAUAUAUUAUAACUGUAUAGCCUCUUGGUUCGUCAUCAACCCAUAUUCGGCUCACUGCUGAGCUCGAGUCUCCUCUCAGAAUGAGAGGGGUUAGGCCAAUAGUCCACCACGCUGGCCCAAUGCGGAUUGGCAGACUUCACACACGCAGAGAAUGAAGAUAAUUCUCUGGUAUGCAGGUUUCCUCACGAUGUUUUCCUUCACCGAUUGAGACACGUGAUAUUUAAUUUCUUAAAAUGCACACAACUGAAAAGUUGGAGGUGCAUGCCCGGGACCGGAUUCGAACCCACACCCUCCGGAGUCGGAGGCAGAGGUCAUAUCCACUAGGCUAUCACUGCUCUUGGUUGGCUAUCAAUUAUUAUUAUUAUAUUAUAGACUUUCGCUAAUGCGCCUAUAUCAUUGUGCUUCUUGUUGUUUCAUAUAUUUAUCCAACAUCAAUAUUUAUGUAUAACUAGCGAUAUUAUGAUUAGUCUAUACUACGCCAGUACGUAACGUACUGCCGGACAGCCCCUGUGCCAUGGGCGUAGCCAGGAUUGUAUCUGGUGGGCAGCUAUACUUAAAUUGUGUAUCUCACAUUACUUGCCCGUCCCUUGCUACGCCCAUGCCCUGUGCUUCCGCUUCUUAAAUCUGAUAUAUUUUCUGUACUAUCUGUUAUUACUUUUUAUACAUAUAUACCUUCUCUUGCAUCACUAUCUACUGCUGAAAACUGAAAAUCUGUUAAAUAGUUUAAAAGAUCUAAGCGACAUCAUUUUAUACUAUGUGAUGAUCAUAUACGAGAUAUACUAAAGAAUGGUCAUAAACCUAAUUGUAUAUUUAUUAAAAUGUUUAUAAUAUUUAGGUAAGUGUAAAUUAAAUUAAUUAUUAAUUAACAAAAACUUAUUGAUAAACUAAUCCAUAACAAUGUAUAGGAAACCUAUGAAAUAACUGUGCCAAUUAAUUGAAAUUCGUCAGUCGGUUGCAAUGAGUAUCAAAGAGUUACACGCAUACUUGGACACUUGAUCUCUGCCUCAGUUGUGAGAACAGGGUAGCGGUAUGGAGAUGAAUAUAAGUUACUGUUUUUGUAAAUAUUUAGGUAUGUAUUGGAUUUGUCCACGACGUGUAACACAUAGGCCAAAUUGUGGCUAAUUGCAUAAGAGUUGUAAUUGUCUAAGAUCCGGCAUAAAGAAUAUAUAUAUACCCUCAUAUUUAGUUGCGAUAAUAAAUAAAUGAUAGAAAAUAUUGCGGCCAAACACAUUUUUCUUAUAAAAUAUCGGAAACCAUGAAGUAGAUCAAAAGCAACUUAAUACAGUAAAAUUAAGCAUAAAAUAAGCUCUCAUUUGACAAAGUAACUGAUGAGAGUAUUUGUAUAACAUUAAUUAACUGUCUAUAUCUGGCAACCCCACACUUGCAGCAAUUGAAAACGUAAAGAUUUUCAAUUCUGUUGGAUAUAUAAAAUCAUACACAGAUUAAAAUAAUAUACCCUUAGUAUAUUAUUUUAAUCUGUGUAUGAUUUUAUUUAGCUAAGAGGGAAAAAAUAAAUAAAGUACUAAAAUAUAUGUCAAAAAUUCACUAAGCAACCUAUUUGCAAUGUGUCAAUGUGAAUAUUUUGUAUCAUUUAUUUCUUAUCCCAAAUAAAUAACAGAAGAGGGUAUAAAUUCCUUAUGCCGGAUUUCGUAGUAUAACCAUCCUUAGAUACUAUUAGUAUUAAAUAUAUUAUACUCUUAUAUUUCUGUUGAGUAAUAACUAUUAUUGUAAAUAAUGUAUGUACCUCUCGGCUACUUACAGGGGCGUAGCUAUAUCAAUGAUACGGGACAAGCAAAAAUUUGUAAAUUGUAAUCCACAAUCUCACUUACCUAAUCUGGUGCUUCACGAAAAAAAACACUAUAAAAACUGUUUAAUCCGGCUUAAGCGUGCGCUCAAAUGUUGGAAAUAUCCUACAUAGAUUAAGUCAUUGUCAUAUUUAUUUUAAGCAAGCAUUUUUGUUUCUUUUGUGACAAAUCUUUACCCUUUAUUUGGGCCCCCCAUCUAAUUUUGAUACUGAAAUACUGAUACUGCUCUCCGAGGCACGCUACGCCACUGGUUACGUCAUAGAUAUUCCUAUACUACAUACAUGUAAUGUCUCGUGCUGGAGGAAUUUUGAACAAAUUACGUUACACAUGCCACGGUGUGCAUGAGCCCUAAAUUAGUACUGUCAACAAAAACGAUUAUUAUAUGAAACAGUUCCUUUUAAUUAUUUUUUUGUAUACCAGCCCUAAUUAUAAAGAACGGGGUAUAAAUACAAAAUCACCAACAAAAAUGUAUUAAACAGUCUUUGUCGAUCAAAUUAAAUUAGCCCAAAGGCAGAUGGACUAUCGAUUUUUUUUUUAUAGCAAAAAUCAUAUUGAUUUCCAUUUAUUAGAAAAGAUACCUGUUUAUUGAAGAUUUUAUAAUAUUAUGAUUAUGAUGUGUUAUUUUGUAUAUAAAUACGACUACAAAUUUGUAACCAGCGUCACUCGGAAUUAUAUAUGGGUUCUAACGAUAUCCUAUCAUCAUAUGUUAUCCUCAAACCGAAGUUUGAGGAUAACAUAUGAUGAUGUCACUAUUUGAAAAGCCUUCCUAUUUUUAGCCGCUCCUUUUAUCUGCGUAUAGUCUAGCCCAGUCCACUGACCUACAUCGUCCGACCAUUGUCGUCUUUGGCGGCCGGUUGCUCUUUUGCCCAAUAUUAGUUUUCCAAUAUCCUAUUGUCAUCAUCAUCGUAUCAGCCGAUGGACGUCCACUGCGGUGGACAUAGAGAUUUUUUGUAGGGACUUCCAAACAUCACGAUCCAGAGCCACCUGCGAAUCUGCUUGAUGUCGUCAGUCCAACUGGUGGGGGGUCGACCAACACUGCGCUCCUUUGGACUCCAACGUACAUCGACUCUUCGAACUAUGUGCCCCGCCCAUUGCCACUUCGCGACUCGUUGAGUUAUAUCAGUGAGAUUUAGAAUUAUUAUUAUUAUUCUUCGAAUAUCCUAUACCUACGUCUAAAUCUUUCUGGCAUUUACAAAGAAACAAAUAUCUACACUUAUCUACCCAUAUGCAACAAAUCUGUAAGCAAAAUAUAGCUAUUACAUUAAUUAAAAAAAGAUAAGGUAUGUACAUAAGAAAAUAUUAGAUAUUACAAAAAAUAUAUAAAACCUUCCUGGCAAUACCUUCAAUAAAGUAAGAUGUAAAUACAAAAUUACACGUGUCGACUUGUUAGCUGCACCAUGCUACAAUGAAAGUAGUAUAAUGAGCAUCAGCAAGGAAGGAGAGGGUAAUUUUACAGUGGAUUCGCUUUUCACGUCCGUUCUUUAUAAUCUCUAUGGUUAGAUUUAUUGAUAUUAAUUUUAAUUACAUUUAGAUGUUAUGUUGUAAGAUAAAAAAAAACAAGACUUUAUGGUAUGUUUGUUCUUUUUAUGAAAUAAAAAGGAUAUAUUAUAAUAAACUUUUUAAAUCAAAAUAUAA